ACUAAAAAGUAUUUUCGAUCUUUCCAUCUACUAAAGAAAAAUUCAACUGUCACUUGUGUUAGAUCAAAGAAAAUUAGUAAUACUUGGUAAUAAAAGUGACUAAUAGUACCUUGUGCGAAGUGUUUUAAACCGAUAAUAUAUAAUCCUACAGUGAAGUAACAUCUAUUGUUGAUGUUUGUCGUGUUAAUUUACUCAAUGGUCGAAUGAAAUUCAGCUCAAUCGAGUCGUGACUUGAAACGGGAAAAUUUAUUUUGUUCAAACGUUUAUUUUUUUUUUCGCCACAACGGGUGCCGAACAAUCAGUCAUGUCCGUCUCUCAGAUGGAAAAAAAUUUAUUUAACCUGAAAUUUGCGGUGAAGGAGUUAGAGAGAAACUCCAAAAAAUGCGAAAAAGAAGAGAAAGUUGAAAAAGCCAAAAUAAAGAAAGCUAUUCAAAAAGGUAAUAUGGAAGGUGCUCGUAUUCAUGCAGAAAAUGCAAUUCGUCAAAAGAACCAAGCAUUGAAUUAUUUGCGUAUGAGUGCAAGAGUUGAUGCAGUAGCUAGUAGAGUACAAACUGCUUUGACUACUCGUAAAGUCACUCAGUCAAUGGCUGGUGUAGUUAAAGCAAUGGAUGCUGCAAUGAAAUCAAUGAAUUUAGAAAAAAUUUCAGGUCUGAUGGAUAAAUUUGAAAGCCAAUUUGAAGAUCUAGAUGUCCAAAGUUCAUAUAUGGAGAAUGCAAUGUCUCAAACAACAACUACCAAUGUUCCACAAAAUGAUGUUGAUUCAUUAUUACAGCAAGUCGCAGAUGAAGCUGGAUUGGAAUUAAAUAUGGAAUUACCAUCUGGACAGUUAGGUAGUAUAGGAACGUCUACUGUUAGCCAGGAACAGGAUGAACUUACACAACGAUUAGCAAGGCUUCGCGAAUAAUAAUGCAAACAUAAAAGUUACUUAUAGCACAGAUACAUAAGGCAAGUACAUUUAAUGCUUGUCUACUAUAAACAGUACUAACCUAUUCAAAAAAAUUGCGGUAAGAAAUUGUUUCAAAUGUAUCUUGUUUUCUUUAAAUGCAGAUAUAUAUAUUUGUUUCAUUGAAUUGAUCAAUCUCAACCAAAAAUAACUGAGGAGUGAUAAUCAAAUUUUAUGUUAAUUUUUUAAAGUUAUAAUUUAAGUAAUUUGAAAGCAAAACAUAUUGGGAAGAAAACUUAAACGAUAAAGUUCUACUGAAUAACUGUAAAAAUUUCAAAAACAUAGAUCUCUAUUAAAAGCUGCACAGUACAAUAAUUAUAUUGAUAUCUGCUGCUAUACGCGCAUUAAUGUUUAACGAAAUAUCAUUAAUCGAUCAAUUUCAAAAUUAGCUACGACGUAAAUAUAUUUUUUUAAUCUAAAAAGGCCAUUGUUCCACCUCGUGUAUUUAUUUUGAACAAU